GCAGAGUGGCUGUCAGCGGUGGAUGAGGGAGAUUAUCCUCCUUUACUCGACUCACUGUUAACACGGAUCCACACACACACACAUAGGAGGCGGUUCGUGACACAAAAUGGGAAACGCAGACACCAAACUUCACUUCAGGAAAGCGGUGAUUCAGCUCACAACCAAAACACAGCCUGUAGAAGCCACAGACGAUGCCUUCUGGGACCAGUUCUGGGCCGACACCUCCACCACCGUCCAGGACGUCUUCGCUCUGGUGCCGGCGGCUGAGAUCCGAGCCGUCAGAGAGGAGUCUCCGUCUAACCUGGCGACGCUCUGCUACAAGGCAGUGGAGAGGCUGGUGCAGGGAGCCGAGUCCGGCUGCCCCUCAGAGAAAGAGCGUCAGAUCAUCCUGAACUGCACCCGGCUGCUCACCCGCAUCCUGCCCUACAUCUACGAGGAUGCUGACUGGAGAGGCUUCUUCUGGUCCACCGUGCCUGGAGCCGGCAGAGCUGGGCAUUUGGACGAAGAUGGGGAUGAUGAAGAGGCGCGGCCUCUGGCUGAAUCUCUGCUGCUGGCCAUCGCUGAUCUGCUCUUCUGUCCAGAUUUCACUGUUCAGAGCCACAAGAAAGGCAGCUCGGAUUCAGCGGAGGACAUUCAGAUCAUAGACAGCUGUGAGUACAUCUGGGAGGCCGGGGUGGGCUUCGCUCAGUCGCCUCCUCUGAACUAUGUCCAUGACCUCAACAGGACAGAGCUGCUGAAGUUGCUGCUCACCUGUUUCUCUGAAGCCAUGUACCUUCCUCCCUCAUCUGAAAGUAAAACCCUCAAUCCCUGGGUCGCCUUCUUCUGCUCCACAGAAAACCGACAUGCCCUGCCUCUGUUUACCUCCCUGCUCAACGUGGUGUGUGCCUACGACCCGGUCGGUUACGGCUUCCCGUACAACCACCUGCUGUUCUAUGACCACCGGGAGCAGCUGGUGGAGCAGGCGGUCCAGAUCCUUAUCAUCACCCUGGAGCAUGAAACUAAGUCGGCCGCCAGUGCUGCCCUCCAGGCCCUGGACGCCUCCACGUCCCCCGCAGCUGUGGAGGAGCAGGAGUCAGCUGGACCUGAUAACCUGUUUGUGAAUUAUCUCUCCAGGAUACACAGAGAAGAGGACUUAAACUUCAUCCUGAAAGGUCUGGCUCGACUGCUUAAUAAUCCUCUGGUCCAGACUUACCUGCCUCGAUCCACCAAGAGGAUCCAGUUCUACCAGGAGCUGCUGAUCCUCUUCUGGAAGUUCUGUGACUUCAACAAGAAAUUCCUGUUCUUCGUACUGAAGAGCAGUGAUGUGUUGGACAUGCUGGUUCCCAUCCUCUUCUACCUGAAUGAUGCCAGAGCAGAUCAGUCUCGUGUAGGUCUCAUGCACAUUGGCGUGUUCAUCCUCCUGCUGUUGAGUGGUGAGAGGAACUUCGGCGUUCGUCUGAACAAGCCGUACACUCUCCGUGUCCCCAUGGACAUCCCCGUCUUCACAGGAACCCACGCUGACCUGCUCAUUGUGAUCUUCCACAAAAUCAUCACCAGUGGGCACCAGCGUCUCCAGCCUCUUUUUGACUGCCUGCUCACAAUAAUAGUGAACAUAUCACCGUACCUGAAGAGCCUGUCCAUGGUGGCAGCCAACAAGAUGCUGCACCUCCUGGAGGCCUUCUCCACCCCCUGGUUCCUCUUCUCCUCCCCCCAGAACCACCACCUGGUCUUCUUCCUGCUGGAGGUCUUCAACAACAUCAUCCAGUAUCAGUUUGAUGGUAACUGCAACCUGGUGUACGCCAUCAUCCGUAAGCGUACUGUUUUCCACCAGUUAGCCAACCUGCCAUCUGACACAGCAGCUAUUCAGAAGGCCCUGCAGAAGAAGAAAAAGUCUGGGAUUUCCAGGACCAACUCUAUAGAGACAGUGUCCAUGGAGGGCUCCAGACCAGCUGUACCGGCUGAGCCCGGGACGCUCAAAACCAGUUUAGAGGCCACCCCAGGAAUUGAUAAGAUAACAGAGAAGUCCCAGGUGAGUCAGGACGGUACGAUGGUUGCUGUGCCACACUCAGACUCUCCACAGACGCCUGCUGACAGCAGUGCUAUAGCAGCAGCCAGCGACACCGAGUCCAACUCAGAGAGAGACAGCGAGGUCUACCACACAGAGUCAGAAGCAGCAAGGAGUCGGUUAUCGAGUGUCUCAUCAUCAGCAGCCUGGAGCGCUAAUACAGACUGGGUGUUGUCAUGGAAGGCAAAACUUCCUCUACAGACCAUCAUGCGGCUGCUACAAGUUCUCGUUCCUCAGGUGGAGAAAAUUUGCAUCGACAAGGGUUUGACAGACGAGUCAGAAAUCCUGAAAUUCCUUCAACACGGGACGCUUGUCGGCCUCCUGCCUGUCCCUCAUCCCAUCCUCAUCAGGAAGUACCAAGCGAACGCUGGCACCGCCAUGUGGUUCCGUACCUACAUGUGGGGAGUCAUCUACUUACGCAACGUGGAUCCUCCAGUCUGGUACGACACGGAUAUAAGGCUCUUUGAGAUCCAGAGGAUUUAGAGGAGCUGUUGGAAGAUGUGUGUUGUCUUCACAGACUCACCAACAACAAGAUCUACAGGUUUACUGUCCUCACAUCUGAACUGUGAUGAAGAAUCAGAGGAAGAUCUCACAUCUUGUUAAUAGAAGAAAACAAGCAUUGACUGUCCUGUACUUCCGGUGGAUGCAGUACAAUGAAAUACCAAAUGGUCAUCAGAGGAAGAUCUCACAUCUUGUUAAUAGAAGAAAACAUGCAUUGACUGUCCUGUACUUCUGGUGGAUGCAGUACAAUGAAAUGCCAAAUGGUCAUAAAAUUUUAUAUAAUCAUCAAAUGUGAAAUUUAUUGAAUAUUAAUUAAUUAAUUUUGCCAAAAAUAUUAUUAGAGGUUUAAGUGACAAAGGGAAGUUUUUGCCUUUUUGUUUUAGAACACACUCAAUGUUUUCUGUUUACAUUAUAUUUGACGCUCUUUGCCACAUACUGUAUGAAGUACUGGAAAUCAUAAACUGUCAGUGGGCACCAAAGACUGAUGAUGAUGUAUGGAAGCUUUUCACAGUUGAAAUGCUGCAAGAAAACCAAGCAUGGUCUGAUACGGGACUGAAACCUCAGUGAGAGACUGUAAAGCUGUCUGCAAAUGUAUUUUGUUGCUGAAACAAGAAGAAAACUACUUCGAGAUGUGAAUAUCAUGUUGUUUAUUCUGUCAGAAUUAAAAACUGAUGCAAUCACUUUAA